CCGCCGCCGCCGCCGCCGCCCGGGCGCCGCCCGCCCCCCGCCGCCGCUGAGCCUGGCCCGCCGCCGCGGCCUCCCCCGGCGGCGCCGCCCGCCCCGGGCUGCCCCAGCACCGCGAUGGAGACGGCGGAGAAGGAGUGCGGAGCCCUCGGCGGCCUCUUCCAAGCCAUCAUCAACGAUAUGAAGAGCUCCUACCCCAUCUGGGAGGAUUUCAACUCGAAGGCCACCAAGCUGCACUCCCAGCUCAGGACCACGGUGCUGGCCGCAGUCGCCUUCCUGGAUGCCUUCCAGAAAGUGGCCGACAUGGCUACCAACACCCGAGGUGCCACGAGGGACAUCGGCUCCGCGCUGACCCGCAUGUGCAUGCGGCACCGCAGCAUCGAGGCGAAGCUCCGGCAGUUCACCAACGCCCUCAUGGAGAGCCUGAUAAACCCUUUGCAGGACAGGAUUGAGGACUGGAAGAAAACUGCCAACCAGCUGGACAAGGACCAUGCGAAAGAGUACAAGCGAGCCCGCCACGAGAUCAAGAAAAAAUCCUCCGACACCCUCAAGCUCCAGAAAAAGGCUCGCAAAGGGAAGGGGGACCUGCAACCCCAGCUGGACAACGCGCUGCAGGAUGUCAACGACAUGUACCUGCUGCUGGAGGAGACAGAGAAGCAGGCAGUCCGCAAAGCCCUCAUCGAGGAGCGGGGUCGUUUCUGCACCUUCAUCACCUUCCUGCAGCCCGUGGUGAAUGGGGAGCUCACCAUGCUGGGAGAGAUCACCCACCUGCAGGGCAUCAUCGAGGACCUGGUGGUGCUCACUGCUGAGCCCCACAAAUUGCCCCCCGCCAGCGAGCAGGUGAUCAAGGACCUGAAGGGUUCUGACUACAGCUGGUCCUACCAGACCCCCCCAUCCUCGCCCAGCAGCUCCAGCUCCCGCAAGUCCAGCAUGUGCAGCAGCGUUAGCAGUGCCAAGGGUGGCAUGGCGUGGCCCGGCGGGGCUCAGACCUGCUCACCCAGUUCCACCUAUCGCUACCGCAGCCUGGCGCAGCCCCCCGCCGCCACCACCCGCCUCUCCAGCGUCUCCUCCCACGACUCCGGCUUCAUCUCUCAGGAUGCUACUUACUCCAAACCGCCUUCCCCCAUGCCCUCGGACAUCACCAGCCAGAAGUCCUCCAGCUCGGCGUCCUCGGAGGCCUCCGAAACCUGCCAGUCGGUUAGCGAGUGCAGCUCCCCCACCUCGGACUGGUCCAAGGCCAGCCCCUACGACCAGCCGGUGGUCCCCACCUUGCAGCGGCGCAAGGACCGUGUGGAGCACCUGCGGGAAGCCGAGAUGGGUUCGCCUGCCAGUGGGUACUCGGGCAUCGGCGGCGAGGAUGCUCCCAGGCCCCGAAUGUCACCAGCUACGAUUGCCGCCAAGCAUGGGGAGGAGGUGUCCCCUGCUGCCAGCGACCUGGCCAUGGUCUUGACCCGGGGGCUCAGCCUGGAGCACCAGAAGAGCAGCCGGGACUCACUGCAGUACUCCAGCGGCUACAGCACGCAGACCACCACCCCCUCCUGCUCCGAGGACACCAUCCCUUCCCAAGGCUCUGACUACGACUGCUACUCGGUGAAUGGCGACGUGGAGUGUGACCCCCAGAGCGACUUCGACAAGUCCUCCACCAUCCCACGCAACAGCAACAUUGCCCAGAACUACCGGCGGAUGAUCCAGACCAAGCGUCCUGCCUCCACUGCCGGGCUGCCCACCGGCACCAACUUACCAGCCGGCACCACCCCAGGGGUGGCCACCAUCCGCCGCACGCCCUCCACCAAGCCCUCGGUCCGCCGUACUCUCUCCAAUGCUGGCCCCAUCCCCAUCCGACCCCCCAUCGUCCCCGUGAAGACCCCCACAGUGCCCGACUCCCCUGGCUACGCUGGCCCCACACGGGUCGGCAGCGAAGAGUGCGUCUUCUACACCGACGACGCCUCGCCAAACCCUCUGGAUUUUGCCAAAGCUUCGCCCAAGCGGCUGAGCCUUCCCAACACCGCCUGGGGCGGCGGUGCCAUGGAGAUCUCCGUCUACCCCGGGGCCGGCCAGCACCUCUCCGCUGAGGAAGAGGAGGACCAACAGUUGGCUGCCAACCGGCACAGCUUGGUAGAGAAGAUUGGUGAGCUGGUAGCUGGUGCCCAUGCCCUGGGGGAAGGCCAGUUCCCCUUCCCCACCGCCCUCGAGGGGUCCGGCCCCAGUGAGGAUACACCUGCACCCCCUCCGGCAGCCUCCAUGGACCCCCCGGCCGAAGACAUGCUGGUGGCCAUCCGGCGCGGGGUGCGCCUGCGCAGGACCGUCACCAACGACAGGUCGGCCCCGCGGAUAUCGUGAUGACGCCCUGGCCAGCGGGGACGCGCCUGCCAUAGCCGACGGACCCCCCCGGGGGCACCCACUGCGCCUCCCCGGGAGCCCCCCCCACCCGCCGGCACCUGCUGCCCCUGCCCCUCCCUCGCUGCCCCCCGCUUUCUGCUCCUCUGUCUCCUCCUCCCCUCCCAGCCCUUUCCUUUCCUUACACCUUUCCUUCACUUGUUCUCUCUUUUUCUCUUUUUUUUGUUUUCUGUUUUCUUUUUCUUUUCUUUUUCUUUUUCUUUUUUUCUCCUUUUCUCUUUUUCUCCUUUUCUCUUAUUCUUCUCUUAUUUUCUUAUUCUUUUCUUAUUUGUCUCUUUUUCUUCUCCUUUUCCUCAUUUUUUCUCCUUCUCCUUUUUCUUCUUUUUCUUCUCUUCUUUUCCUCUUCCUUUUCCUCUUUUUCUUCUAUUUUCUUCUAUUCUUUUCCUCUUUCUUCUUUGUUUCUUCUCUUUUUCUAGUCUUUUCCUUCUCUUUUCCGUCUCUUCUUUUUCCUCUUCUUUUCCUCUUCCUUUCCUCUUUUUUCUCCUCCUGUCUUUUUUCCUCUUUUUCUCCUUUCCUUUUUUCCCUUUUUUCUCUCUUCUCCUUUCUUUCUCUUUUCCUUUUUCCCUCUCUCUUUUCCUCUUAUCUCUGAUUUCUCUUUUCCCUCCCCCUCUCCCCCCCAGGCACAGGCGGGUGUCCCCAGCCCCAGCAGAAGGGGACGGUGCCAGUGGGGACCACAGCAGGAGCAGCACCAGGAGUGGGGGCCCUGUCCCCGUCCCCCGCCCCAGGUGCCUGCUUGGGAUCAGCAUGGCUCAGCCCCAUUUUGGGGGUCAGAAGCAGCAGGGAGGAGGUGGGGGGGGGCGGCGUGUGUGAGAGGGCGGGGGUACGGUGGGGGGACAGGCACUACAGCCCCCUCCAACUUGUGGGGACACUGGGACUGAGGAUGCUGAACCUCCUCUUUGUCCCCCCCCUGCCCCUGGGGAUCACUGGGGACCCUCCUAACCUCCCCCAAACCCCUUCCCUCUCCCUCAACACCCGCAGACCCUGCACAGGGUCCUGGCUGGGAGGAGGGGGGCCGGGGGAUGGGGGGGUUUCACCCAGACCCCCCCACCCAAAGCGAAGCAGCUGAUUUCUGCCGGCGGCUGGAGGAAAGCACAACCCCCUUGGCCCUCCCCGCUGUACAUAGUCCCCCCCCCCGCCGCCCCGCUGUCUGUCGCAUCGCAGCCCCCCCCUUUCCCUCCCCCUUAGAAAUAAUGAUUUAGUCCCCCCCCAUCCCUCCUCCUGCCCAGAACCGCUGAUGCCAAGUGACAAAUGUUUGGGUUUGGGGGAGGGGGGGGGUGUCUCUUAUUUUGUACAGAAAACGAAAAUUCCUUGGAAAAAAAAAAAAAACGACCUGUCUUUUGACUGAAGUAACUUUUCUGGUGCUGUUGUUAACUUGGUCCUUUUUUUUUUUUUUUUUUUUUUUUUUAAUUUAUUUCCCCUCUGUGCUCCUGCCUCUGCCGCCGCUUCCCUCCCUCCCCGUCCCUCCACCAGGUUUCUUUCUCUUUCUUUUAUUCCCUCUUUUCUUUUAAUUUUUUUUUUUUUGGUGGUAAUUCCCCUCUUUCCCACCCACCCCCCGCCCCCCCCCAAUUUCCAUAGUCACUGCUACAAGUAACGAAUGCACUGUGAAGAUUCCAGUAUUAAUAAAGGUUGUACUGUAAUUAAUAACCUC